AUGACUCUGCCGCGUACUCCUAAAAGCGGGAAAAAGAAGAAGAAGAAGAAUACGCCCAAGAAGAAACCAGAAGUGCCAGAGGAAGAACACGAAAGCGGUGACGACACGGAAAAAGAAGUGACCCCGGUAAAGAAGCAACUGGAAGAGCAGCGUCGGAAGCAGAAAAUUCGAGAAAUGGAGGAGCAACUCAACGCGCUUGUUCGACAGCGGGAGGCGAUGGAGAGCAAGCUGAAGCGGUUGCAGACGGCGCUCAAGACCAGCGUGGCUGCGCCGAACCCGAACUUGCGCAACGGACACUUCUUGAAGCAGCAAUUAAGCAACGCGAGAGACUGCUUCUCGAAGUUUGGUGAGUACCAGGGUCAAAUCCACGCGAUGCCUCUGAACGCAGACCAACGAACGCACCACGAAAGAAUCGAGCUGAACUUUGAGACGUUGUACGACAAGGUGUGCAUCGAUCUCAACGAAUACCUUGAGAGGCUCGAGAAACCUGGGGUCGCUGCUCUAGUUCCGGCAGCUCCUACCAACGUCGGUGUGCAGCAGGUUCUUCCGCCGUUGAGUGUACCACUCCCGAAGUUCGACGGCACGUUUGAGACAUGGUACUCGUUUAAGUCCAUGUUCCAGAACAUAAUGGCACGAUACACAAACGAGGCACCAUCGAUCAAACUGUACCACCUCCGGGACGCGCUGAUUGGAAGGGCAGCCGGCGUGAUUGACCAGGAGAUGGUCAAUAAUAAUGACUACGACGCGGCGUGGGCUCUUCUUGAGGAGUUGUAUGAGGACAGACGGGCGAUCAUCGAACGGCACAUUGAGAACAUCUUCGCCAUGCCAAAGAUCACCCGCGACAACACCGCCGAGCUUCGGAAAGUGAUUGACGUCUGCGUGAAGAACAUCGAAGCUCUCAAGAAGUUGAACCUUCCGGCCAACGGACUGGGGGAGCAGAUGGUAGUUAACCUGCUGGUCUCGAGAAUGGACAAGGACAUGCGCAGAGCAUGGGAAGCAAACCAGAAGGCGGGAGAGUUGCCGACCUACGAGGCCACGAUCGUGUUCUUGAAGGAGAAGCGUAGAAUCGCGGACAAGCUGGAGCAGAACAGUGAAAGUGAAAAAGUGAAACCGCAACGGUCGGUAACAAAAACGAAGACCCUGGUGGUGGCCAGCGAGGGGAAGUGUUCAGUGUGCAACCAGGACCAUGAAGUGAUAAAGGGUGAACAGUUCAAGCAGAAAAGUGUGAACGAGAGGUACAUCCACUUGCGGAAGCAUGGCCUGUGCUUUAAUUGUCUGAGGAAGGGGCACCGCACCGAUGGGUGCACGUCGACGAACUCGUGCCAGAAGUGCAGCAAGCGGCACCAUACCCUGCUUCACACCGAUGGGCCAAAGAAGCAAGAACCGGCUGCAAACACGGCGUCAACGGUCAGCGCAGAAGGCCGCACUCAAUCCGUUCCACCGGCCACGGCGGGAUCGUCCCAGGCUGGCCAAGGUCUGACACUCUGCACCACAUCCGAAGCUCCAAGGAAGCAGACUCUACUCUCGACGGCUGUAGUGCUGGUUUACGGCGCCGGCAGCGUGCCCUACCUGUGUAGGGCGCUGAUUGACUCGUGUUCACAGAACCAUUUUGUGACCGAGCGCUUCGCCAACCUGUUGGCGAGCAAAAAGGAACGGGCUGAUUACCGAGUCAGCGGAUUGAACGGGGGAACUACCAGAAUCAGUCACCUGGUGCGCGCGAAGGUCAAGUCCCGCGUUGGCAACUUUGCUGCCGACCUCGAGCUCCUGGUGGCCCCGAAGAUCACUGGCGACGUGCCGGUGAAGACGAUCGACAUCGAUGGGUGGAACUUGCCACCAGACGUUGAACUUGCGGAUCCCAACUUCAACCAGCGAGGCCGAGUCGACAUGCUGCUCGGAGCGGGCAUAUUCUGGGAUCUCAUGAAGGCGAAGAGAAUCACGCUGGCGGCGAACCUCCCAUCGCUCAGAGACACGGAACUGGGCUGGGUGGUCGGUGGCGUGAUGUCUGAAGGAACACCAGUGAUCGCACGUACGUUCUGCACCAUGAACGAAGACGAAGAGCUGAACAAGCUGCUGAACCGGUUUUGGGAGAUCGAAGGAGUUGAAGAUCUGCGGCGACCGGUGACGUCGACGGCUGAAGAGUGUCUCGAGCACUUCCGGAGCACGUACAGUCGAAAGCCAGACGGGAGGAUUGUUGUUCGCCUCCCGUUCAACGAGCGCAAGAGUGACCUGGGCGUGUCACGAGAGAUGGCGAUUCGUCGGUUCCUGAACCUCGAGCGGCGGCUUGAUCAACAACCCGACCUGAAACAAGAGUACGCCAAGUUUAUUCACGAGUACGAGCAGCUUGGACACAUGAAGGAAGUCGAUGUCGGACCGUCCGAACCACCUGGAUCCGCAUACUACCUGCCGCAUCACUGCGUCUUGCGGCCCAGCAGUACUACAACGAAGUUGAGAGUCGUGUUUGACGGCUCUGCGAAAACGUCGACUGGAGUGUCCAUAAACGACGCGCUGAAGGUUGGCCCCACGGUCCAGAACGACCUGCUGUCGAUCCUGCUGAACUUCCGCUGCUACCGGUACGUCUUCACCACGGACAUCCCGAAGAUGUUCCGCCAGAUUGAGCUGCACCCCGAAGACACGCCGUACCAGCGCAUACUUUGGCGUGACGACCGAUCGCAGCUGUUGAAGGUGUUCGAGCUCAAGACGGUGACUUACGGCCUGGCGUCAUCUCCGUUCCACGCGACGAUGGCGUUGAACCAGAUUGCGGAGGAUGGCGAGAAGGAGUUCCCGUUGGCCUCGGCGGCACUGAAGAAAUCGUUCUACGUGGACGACGGACUCUGCGGAGCGCAGAGUGUAGAAGAAGCCCGAUUGCUCAGUCGAGACUUGCGUAAGCUGCUGAACACCGGCGGCUUUGAUGCGCACAAAUGGUGCGCAAAUGAUCCAGCGAUUCUCGAAGAAGUCCCGGAGAGCCUCUGGGGAACAACGUUCGACCUGAAGGACGCGGCUGCCAAGUCGGUCGUGAAGACGCUGGGUGUGGCGUGGAACGCGUCGCAGGACUGGUUCACCUUCACCGUGCUGCCCCCGAGGAGAGAGAAGCCGCUGACGCGGCAGAAGGUGCUCAGCGAAAUUGCCAAAUUCUUUGAUCCACUUGGCCUGGCUGGUCCGGUGGUGACAACUGCGAAGCUGAUCUUGCGGAAGGUCGGCACGUUGAAGAACAUCGGCUGGCUUGACCCGGUUCCGGAUAGUGUGGCCAACGAGUGGCGUCGAUUCCGGGAGCAGCUGCCUGCACUGAACGACUUUCGGGUCUCCCGGUGGGUCUACGACGAAAGAGCAGAACGCGUGGAACUCCACGGUUAUUCCGAUGCGUCGGACGAUGCGUACGGCGCGAGCGUGUACGCACGCAACAUUUACCCGGACGGCGAGAUCACGAUGCGGUUAAUUUGCAGCAAGUCAAAGCUUCUUCCGAAGAAGGUCAAGAACGUGCCGAAAGAAAUCAGCACUCCAAAGGGUGAACUUGAGGGUGCGCUGCUUCUCGCUGAACUGGUUGACAAGCUGGUAAACGUCGUCGAUGUUUGCUUUGAUUCGGUGAAUUUUUGGUGCGAUUCACAAGUAGUGCUGAGCUGGAUCGCGAAGAAGCCCGAAGACCUGGAAUUGUUCAUGGCCAACAGAGUGAGGAAAAUCCAGCAGCUGACCAGCAAGUACCGGUGGGGAUACAUUCCGACGGAUGACAAUCCUGCCGACCUGAUUUCGAGAGGCGUGAUGCCCCAGAACUUGAUCCAGCGGGUCAAUUGGAAGGACGGGCCGGUGUCGAUGAACAAUCGCACAAUCGAGGUUGUGCAACCCCCCCUUCUCGACGGCGCGGACCUCCCGGGAUUGCGAUCCACGAAGUGUCUGGCGCUGGCGGCGCCGAUUCAGCGAUUGCGGAUCUUCGACAAGCUCGGAGAUUUCCGUCGACUGCUGCGCAGCAUGAGCAUUGUGGUGCGGUUUGCGAACUACAUCAUCUCAAGAAGGAAGGUUGUGGUAAAGGGCCUGCCGACGAGCGAGGAGCGCGCGGCGGCGCAGAAGCUAAUCUUGCGCUUGGUGCAACGAGAGGCGUUCCAGACCGAGCUGCUGGCGUUGAAGGAGAACCACUCGCACCGUUUGCGAGGACUGAACCCGUUCAUCGAUCCUGACGACGGCCUUCUGAGAGUUGGCGGUCGAAUCAAACAAGCUUUCGUGCCGUACGACAGCCGGCACCAGAUCCUGAUGCCUGCCAAGCACCCUGUCACGGAAUCGUUCAUCCGCUACGAGCACGUGAAGAACCUCCACGUGGGCCAGAAGGGUCUGCUUGCGCUGAUACGCCAACGCUUUUGGCCGAUGAACGUCAAGACGACUAUCCGGAAGGUGAUUCGGGGAUGCGUGACGUGCUUCCGAGUCAACCCGAUGAAAACGGCCCAGCUGAUGGGAGACCUCCCGUCCUACCGAGUACAACCGGCCCCUGCGUUCUUCCACACCGGUGUCGAUUUCGCAGGACCGUUCCUGAUCAAGUCGCUGACCGCAGCACGAAGGCCGAUGAUGACGAAGGGGUACGUGUCCCUCUUCGUGUGUAUGAGCACGCGAGCUAUACACCUGGAACUGGUCUCAAGUCUCACGACGGAUGCCUUCCUCGCCGCCUUGCGGCGGUUCACUGGACGUCGAGGCCUGGUGAACAAGAUGCACUCCGACAACGCAACCAACUUCGUUGGGUCGGAGACCGAACUCGAGCGACUGGCCAAGUUGUUCGCCGAGGAGCAGCACAUCGAAAGGGUGGAGGAGUUCUGCAGCAGCCACGGAAUCACCUGGAGCUUCAUCCCGCCGCGCAGUCCGCACUUCGGUGGGAUCUGGGAAGCUGGGGUGAAAUCGGUCAAGCAUCAUCUUAAGCGAGUAGUAGGCAACCAGAAACUCACCUUCGAAGAGCUGACUACCGUGCUGGUGCAAAUUGAAGCCGUGCUGAAUUCGCGGCCCUUGACGCCGUGCUCGGACGACCCGAACGAUUUGACCGCAGUGACUCCAGCACACUUUUUGAUCGGGCGAGAGAUGCGCGCGGUUCCCGAGCCGUCCUACCUCCACCUGAAGCAGUCGACGCUGUCCCGCUGGCAACACGUGCAGGCAAUGCAGCAGCAGUUCUGGAAGAGGUGGAUUGCGGAGUAUUUGCCGGAGCUGCAGAACCGCCAAAAGUGGUUCAAAACUACCAAGAUCCAGCCGGGCGCUUUGGUGCUGAUCAGCGACCCGAACGCUCCGCCGAUGCAGUGGCAACUUGGUCGAAUCAUCGCGCUGCAUCCCGGAAAGGACGACGUCACCAGGGUGGUGACACUACGAACGGCGAAGGGCGAGUGCAAGCGAGGCGUGACGGAGAUUUGCUUGCUUCCGCUGGACCAGGAGACGACCGAGGAGGAUUGA